CUUAAAAAUAAAAGCUAAAUAACUUCAUUGUUUCUAUAAACUUAACAAAAAUUAUUACUGUUGUUUUCAUUUUAGAUUAAAUAAAAUAAACAACAAAAUGGAUGUUUUCGAAGUGCGGCAAACUUUAACAAAAGGACGGUCUUUAUUCGCUAAACAAGAUAUUAAAGCAGAAGAAAAGAUUUUUGAGGAAGAACCGAUUGUAUCUUGUCAGUUUUCAUGGAAUAAGGUUUAUGAUUAUAAAGCCUGUGAUUUUUGUAUGAGUCCAUUGGAAACUGCCGAAGAGAAUGCCAAACGCCUUUCUGCAGACAACUCAUUGGAAUUGCCAUUUAAAUCAUCUUGUUCUGUCGACCCUCUGCAGCAUGUUAAAUGUUUUCAGUGUGGAGAAUUAUUUUGCAGCCAAAUUUGUUUAGACAAAGCUAAUGAACUUUAUCAUUCUUAUAUAUGCAUUCCGAUUGAUAGUGAUCAUCCUCUUAAAACUUUGGAGGAUGCAUGGAAAAAUAUGCACUAUCCUCCAGAAACAUGUUCAAUUAAUUUGCUGGUCCGGAUAUUGGCUAUUAUUAAAAGCUCAAAGAGUAGAGAAACAUUAGUUCAAGAUUUACAGAAUUUUGCAAGUUCUCUAGAAAACAAAAAUGAUCGUAUUGCACAUAAAAUGUUAGGUGAUAAAUUUGCUCAACAAUUAGAAAGCUUAUAUUUGUUACUACUUGAUGCUGUCGGCCACGAUAAAUCAGAUUUAGAACAGUUUUUGACUCCUGAAGGAUUUCGAUCAUUGUUUGCAAUUAUUGCAACAAAUGCACAAGGAAUUGGAACAAGUUCUUUUGCAAAUUGGGUAAAAGCAGUUGAGCAUUUAGAUCUAGAUGAUGAUAAAAAAGCACAUUUGGAUAAAAUCAUUGAUGAUGUUUAUGAAAAGAUGGAUAAAUAUGUAGGUACAUUUUUAAAUUGCGAAGGAUCAGGAUUAUACAAAUUACAAAGUACUAUAAAUCAUAGCUGCGUACCAAAUGCACAAAUUACAUUUCCAUUUGGCAAUCAUAAAUUAGUUUUAGAAUCAAUCAGAGAUAUCAAAAAGGGUGAAGAAAUAUGUAUCAGUUAUGUAGAUGAAUGUGUUUUAAAUAGUUCUAGAUACACAAGACAAAGGAUUCUAUCAGAGAAUUAUAUUUUUAUAUGCACUUGUGAAAAGUGUGAACUACAAGCAGGUGAUCCUGAUGUAACAUCUGAGGAAGAAAGUGAUGAAGAUGUUUCUAUGUAAUUUUCAUUAUUAUAAAGAUUGAUUGGUUGU